AUGUUGCCUUUUCUUCCAGACAUUCCCUUGGGUCUUGCCCUGCCUGCCGCCGCCACAACGCUGGCAUACUUGAAUGCGAAAUUAUCACUCUCCUACGAUGUCAAUAUGAUCAGAUCGCUUUUCAAGAUGAGCAUGAAGCUACGUUUUGCUGAACGUGGCGAUCGUCUGAACCUAUUUUACACAUUGGAAGCCUAUGCGCUUGCCUCCGCAACCGCCAAUCACCCUUUCAUUGUCUACAACGGCAAAACAUGGACAUUUCAUGACACAUAUCUCAUGGCACUACGCUACGGAUCCUGGUUCAAGAAGAACCAUGCCGUCAAGCGCAAGGAAAUUGUCGCUAUCGACUUCAUGAACUCAUCCACAUUCCUCUUCAUGGUGCUUGGGCUUUGGAGUAUUGGGGCAGUUCCGGCGUUCAUUAACUAUAACUUGGCUGGUAAGCCGCUCACCCACUCGAUCCGGGCAUCCACCGCGAAGCUCCUGAUUGUCGAUCCGGAUGUUAGCCAUUGCUUCCCUGAUGAGCAACAGAAGGUUUUGACCUCACCAGGCUUCCGGGAUGGCAAGGGCUCGGUGGAAAUCGUGUUUCACACCCCAGAGCUUGAGGUUCAAAUUAUGAGAUUGGAACCUAUCCGGGAAGAUGACAAGGCGCGCAACGGAUUGACCCCCCGCGACAUGGCUAUGUUGAUCUACACAAGUGGCACCACUGGACUUCCAAAACCCGCCAUUGUUAGCUGGAAGAAGUGCUGGUCUGGCAGUGGGUUCAUUGCAGACUGGAUGGGCGUCACGCCCUCGGACAAGUUCUUUACAUGCAUGCCUCUCUACCAUAGUUCCGCUUCGGUGCUUGGUUUUGUUACUUGCUUGAUGAGUGGAUCGACUUUGGUUCUUGGUCGCCGUUUCUCAGCGCGUAAUUUCAUGAAGGAGGCCCGUGAAAACGAUGCCACAAUCAUUCAAUAUGUGGGCGAAACGCUACGUUAUCUCUUAGGCGUCGCACCUGAAAUAGAUCCCGUCACUGGCGAAGACCUUGACAAGAAACACAAUAUCCGCCUAGCCUUUGGAAAUGGUUUGCGGCCUGACAUCUGGAACCGCUUUAAGGAGCGCUUCAACGUUCCUACCAUCGCUGAAUUCUAUGCAGCAACAGAAGGCACUGCGGGUUCAUGGAAUAUUUCGUCCAACGAUUUCUCCGCGGGUGCCAUCGGUCGAAAUGGCGCCAUCGGAGACAUCGUCUUCGGCCGUUCAACUGCCAUCGUGGAUGUUGAUCAUGAAACCCAGGAGCCUUGGCGUGACCCGAAGACUGGCCUCUGCAAGAGGGUCCCACGAGGUGACCCCGGUGAGUUGCUAUUCGCUAUAGAUGCCAAAGAUCCCACUGCGGCUUUCCAAGGCUACUUUGGAAACAAAAAAGCCACAGAGGGCAAGAUUAUACGUGAUGUGAUCAAGAGGGGCGAUGCCUACUUCCGAACCGGUGACAUGGUUCGAUGGGAUAGAGAUGGCCGUUGGUUCUUCUCUGAUAGACUGGGUGAUACAUUUCGAUGGAAGAGCGAGAACGUGUCUACUGGCGAGGUCUCUGAGGUUUUAGGCGUCCACCCUGAAGUGCAAGAAGCCAACGUCUAUGGAGUAGCACUUCCAAACCAUGAUGGCCGUGCUGGAUGUGCAGCCAUAGUGUUCAAGCAACAGAUCUCAAGCGGUAAACAGUCCGAUUCUGCACUUGAACCAUCAAGCGAGGUUCUCGACAGUCUAGCUGCACACUCCCUCAAGAACUUACCCCGGUUCGCUACACCUUUGUUCUUGCGUGUUACACCUGAGAUGCAGUCAACUGGCAACAACAAGCAGCAGAAACAUGUGUUGCGGACUGAGGGUGUGGACCCAGCCCUUGUUUCAAAGAAGGAUUUGGUAUAUUGGCUUCAGGGUGACACCUACGUACCCUUUAAACAGAAGGACUGGGACCGCAUGAACGGUGGUCAAGUUCGACUUUGA